CGGCAUCGCCAAUCCCACAAGGCACAAAGAACUCGUGCAGCUGCAAUAAAGCCACAGAAGCACAGCGAAACCCGAGUUGCCUAGAUCGAGCGAAUAGACACUGUAAUUGUCUUGGUGUGUUUGCUGCCGAUUGCAAUGGCGAAGGCGCCGGCGCCGGCGAGGUUCGUGACGGAGGUGGCGCCGCCGCAGGUGGUGUCGGUCAUGCGGCGGGGGAAGGUGCCGAGGAGCCUGGACACCAUCGCCGAGGACGACAGGGAGCAGCUGGCGUACGGGCCGCCGCCGUCGUCGUCAGAGCACCUGGGCUUCGCCGCGGCGUGGUCAAGGCGGGCGCCGGCGCGGGAGCGCGCGGCGGGCGGGUUCAUGAUGAGGGGGCUCAGCAACUACUUCUCCGACGCCCACGGUCAGCACCAAGCAGGCCGGCGCCGGUGACUGGGAGAGUGGCCACAAGUUGGGCCACCGGCGAGCCGGGCUUGCGCCGGAGUUGCCCAAGAACGGUCGUGCAUGAAGACUUGAAGAGAGAACAUCUAGUAGUGAGCCGUGAGUGUGUGGGGAGAAAUAUUUUGUAACACUUCCAUGCUUGCGCUCAUGUAUGAUAAUUCGGAUAAAAUUCUUGUUAAGCGAGAGAUCUUGAGAGUAUAUACUUGGUGAAGUUGUUUUUUUUCAUGCAAAAAACAGUUAUUUUUAGUUAAGAUAAAUAUAUUUGUAACUUUGUUUACUUA